AUGCAGUUUUCCAUGGACUUAUCUCAGCCUGCCCUACCGCCUAUGGGCGCUGCCCUGCCUGCGUCGUUGGCGUUCCGGAAAAACCUGGUGUGUUACACAUCAGACGCCAGCACUGUUGUAGAGUACUUACAGAACUUGAAACUGCCGUAUUGUAUUUGGGACGAUUAUGAGUGUGUCGAAGCUAAAGAGAGGCCAGACACGGGCACGGUGCUGGUGUUACCAAACGUGGACAAGUCGCUCGUGCGACACCAGGACCAGCUAGCCAAAUACCUGCAAGUGAUGCGGCAGCGGGAAACGCCAUUUUUCGCAGCAAUCGCUACCGUGUCUCCGGAAUUCGUGCCGUACGCCCAUAUGACGGCGUACCUGAAGCGACAGUUCUGGUUCGCAUGCCACGAGCCACGCCCUCAAGACCUGGUCGAGUUGUCCGAACUCGAACUCCCGUCUUUGAGGUCGACGCUCCGCCAAAUUCACGUACACCAGUCGAUUCGACGCUACGUGCUCGACAUCGUUGUGCAUUUGAGGGUUCACAGGUUCUCCAAACAGGCAUCAGGAGGUGGUUGUAGUGCACAUGCGCUUGGCGACAUGCUGGAAUUAUGCCAGACCCUGGCUCUGGCGCAAGAAAGAACUUUCGUGGUUCCCGAUCUAGUGAAGCUCGCUGCCCAAUGGUACUUCCCGUUCCAUAUCGAGGUUAUCCAGGACCCCCGCCACGAAAUUUCUCUACAAUUUGGGUCCGACCCGGACCUGGUCGCUCAGGUUCUAGAAAAACUGCGGAAUUUUUCGCUGCACCGGUCUCGAGAGACCCAGUAUCCGCUUUACUUCCAGUUUAUGGUUCUGAGAGAUGUUCUACGCAUAGUAGUUCCACCGAUUUAG